AUGGAUGAGAGAGAAACCAUAUCCAAUUUAGCAGUGCUGGAGGAAGACGUGCUCAUCAUCGGGAAUGAGUCUGCUAACGACAGUGAUGGCUGGAACGAGACCGAACCUCCCGUCAACAUCUCAGUCGUCACGAAGGCCAUCAAUGUCUCGGAAGAUCUGCUUGAAGAUGACAACGAGUCCACCGAGCUGGAUGGCAACCUGUCAGAUGCGACAGAAGAGAACGUGUCGGAGGUGUCGAACAGCAGUGGCUUGGAGCAGUUUGGCAACGACUCCUGGAUCCUACCGGAAGACGUGCUCAUCAUCGGGAACGAGUCUGCUAACGACAGUGAUGGCUGGAACGAGACCGAACCUCCCGUCAACAUCUCCGUCGUCACGGAGGCCAUCAAUGUCUCGGAAGAUCUGCUUGAAGAUGACAACGAGUCCACCGAGCUGGAUGGCAACCUGUCAGAUGCGAAGCUCGCCUGA